GGAAGAUGGCGGUCGAAGAAGAAGAAACCUGAACUUCUUCCCAUUUUGUUUCCUUAAUUGUCAGAUUUAAACUUCGUAUGACAAAGGAUACACCGUUUUCAACAGGAGUAAAAUCUUACCAGUGAUCAUUCUAACAAUCUUUAGGUUAUUUUGUCGUAAAAAGCGCGUGUACAAACAGAGAUGAUUUCGCAAGAUUUGACCGGCUCACCAAACUUUAUACCAUGAACGAGAAGUUCUUUAAUUUUCAUCCGUAUCUUGCAUUGUAUAAACAGCGAAAAUAAGCAUUCAGAGAUAGAGAAGACAUUGUCACUUGGUCAGCAAGGUAAGAAAACCGCAUUUCUUCUCAGAGGCCUGACCGGCCACAAUGAAUUUACAUUGUACUCUUGCUUAGUUACUUAAUAAUAAGCCCCGGCCACAAAAAGCUUAAUUUUACCUCCUUUAGCUGCUUCCAUUUUUUUUUAAUUUUAGGUUUUUCCUUCGUGCAGCAAUUACUAAUACCAGGUAAAAUGGCUCUAGAGUUAAAAUUUGAGGAAUAAAUCCAUUUAAAAAUUACUUAGAAAUUUUGAUGGGACGUCUUAGCAACAAUACUUUUAAGUAAAUUUACUGACUUUACCUCUGGAAUGUUAUUUCCCGAGUUAAGACUUAAAAGUCUCUGUUGGCAAAUAGAAAUUAUAUGCUUAAGCAGGUGUGGCAGCUACAAACAAAAGAAGUGCAAUAGAUGAGGUUAAUCUUGUAUUUCGCUGAGUGCCAAUCUCUAACAAUGCAAACCUGUGGAUGUCCCAACAUCAGUCCAUUCCAUGCCCAAAAUGCCAAAUGGAACCACUCCUCCAAAUCAGCCACUUUCCACUUCUUCUUUAGAAUAUACAUAACAAUCUGAGGCACUUUUAUCAUGGUUUUUAGUUGGUUGUAAGCCUUAAUCCAUCCAGUCCCCUUCACUAGCCUCACAAGAAUCUUAAUAUGAAUAAGGUAGAGUUUCAAGGAAGAAGAAGAAGAAUCUUCUUUAUUCCUCAUAAUGGCAAAAAAGCAUGGGUAACCAGCCUUUGUUGAAAGGAGUAAGAAAGUUACUUGAAUAAUAUAAUGAUUUUUUUGGUUUUGAUAAAAUUAUUACUUCCUGAUUGAGAGAUUUGUUCUUUAUACGGGAUUUUGUUCUCCUUACUGGUAGCUAUUCCCACAGAUGUUCUUUUGGCUCAUCACGCAAUUGUCCCCACAAAUGGCAGGAACGUGUGACAAACCUCUAACAACAUUUGCAUGGGAGGCUACCUUACUGGAGACUUAUAGGAGAUAUAUUCUCAAUAAUGGUACACUUGGCUAAAUCUGGGAGAGUUUCACUGUUAGAUGUGUUAAAGCGAUCACCAGUAUGUUUACACCUUGUUAGUCUCCUGACAAGCCAUUUGUGGGAUUGUCACACAAUACUCCUCCCCUCAACAUUGAGGAGCAUUGAGUGAUGACCCUGGUUUCGCACACCUGGGAAGGGUACUUCAGGAAUUUCUGGGUGGGGAUGUGCCACUGGGACCCUGGAACCCUUAACGUAUACCAGAGCUAGUUCAGCUGAAUUUUGCUACCCUAUACUAGAGUAAACUCCCCUAAUCCCCCCUAUCCUACCACAAUCCCUAGUCUAGAUAAAAUAUUCAACCAACUGAUCAGUUUCCUGAAAAAUAAUACCCUAUUCUAGACCCAAACGCUCUGAUUCAUAUACCGUAUCCUAGAGUAAACUGCUUGAAAACCAUACCCUUCACAGUGGCACAUACCAGUAUAGCCCAUAUAUGGCAGUACCCCCCGGGGUUUCGCACUAGUGUCAUGUUCUUGUUGUUCAGAGGUGUUGUUAGAUCCUCUUCUUGUAUUUGUGUAUACUACCCUGUUUGGACAACCCAGUUGAGUGAUAUCAGUGGGUUUUUUUUUGUUUACUAUGAGUACGAACAUUUGUAGCUGUUUCUAGAAUAGUGCAGUGGAGAAACACAAACUCUUCCAAAGUGUAAUAAUAUUUGUAGAAGGGACAGGGAUAAGGGGAUUAGAGUCAUUCUCUGCUUAUAUGAAACUAUACCAACAGCAACAUUAUUUGUUGUUCUUUGUACUUAAGCAGCUCAUGGUAACCUUGAAAAGAAUACCCAUGUUUUAAUUACAUAAAUUAUGAACAACAGUAAAAAAAACUAACAAAAGAAAAAACGUAACACCUGCUUAUAUUUGAAAUUAUUGUUAUGAAAUAACUUGAUUGGAUCUGCCUAGUUUUGCUCUCAGAUUUGGACCCAUGAGAUUACAGUAUAGUUUUCUGCUAAAUGAAUACUCUUGACAGUUGGGAUAAACAUGCACCGUAGAUAAAUGUCACAGAUAUUCUUCUCAACUUGAGAUAGUAGUCUGAUAACUCUCAAAAGUCUUAGUGAAAAAGGUCUCAUUUUUUGCUUUUAUUUUGGUAUAUAAAAUUUUAAUCAUAACCACAACAUGGUAUUGUUGAGAAACUCGAAAGCUCAGCAUGAAAAAAUAAAUCCUGAGUUUAUUUUUUAGAACUUUUUUGUUUUGAACUGUAGUUAUAUAUGUAUAACAUAUUUUUAGUUGACAUAUUAAAUUUGGUGUACUUUUUAAGUAGAUUCGUCUUCACUGAUGUUUUGUGUUUGUUAUGGCAACCAUGAAAUGGUGUAAAUAAUAAAUUGAAAGUGCAAGUAUUUUUUAAUCUACUUGAAAUAAAUCAACUUAUAAUGCAUUUAAAUUGUAAUUCUUUACACGGUGAAAAAUGGCUGUUCUUUAUUUUUUGCAUUAUCCUCAACUAUAUGUAAGGUGUGGAAAUGAUCCCGCUGUGCUGUUGUGUGUAUAAUUUAUAAAGGCUUGACUGUGCUACAGUGAAUAUUUAAGUGUUGAGAUUUUCAUUGUUCAUUUAUUAAAAUUGUGGAGAUUUGAGAAAAUUUGAACUGUUUGCAGUUUGAUUUAAUCAGAUUUUAAUUCAUAAUGCCUUAUUUUUCAUUAGCCCUAGAUCAACAUGGCUGAAGCAGUUAAAGUUAUUGUACGCUGUAGACCUCUCAACCGGCGUGAAAAGGACCUCAACUGUGAAGUUGUGGUACAAAUGGACUCAUCCACUGGACAAUGCGCAUUAUCCAAACCUGGUGAGAAAUCACAGCCUCCCAAAACAUUCACAUUCGACGGUGCAUAUUACAUGGACUCUACAACUGAAACCAUCUACAAUGAAAUCUGUUUCCCAUUGGUUGAUGGUGUAUUGGAAGGUUAUAAUGGUACUGUAUUUGCCUAUGGCCAGACAGGUUGUGGAAAGUCAUUUAGUAUGCAAGGAAUCACUGAUCCACCAACACAGAGAGGUGUAAUCCCGCGUGCAUUUGAACAUAUAUUUGAUGCAAUUCAAGUUGCUGAGAAUGCAAAGUUCUUGGUGCAUGCUUCAUACCUGGAAAUUUAUAAUGAGGAAAUAAGGGAUCUCCUGGGGAAGGAUCAUAAACACAAGUUAGAGCUAAAAGAACAUCCCGAGAGAGGAGUCUAUGUGAAGGACCUGACAAUGCACCCUGUACACAGCGUAGCAGAGAUGGAGAAAGUCAUGGAUCUGGGAGGUAAAAACCGAUCGGUGGGUGCCACACUCAUGAAUGCUGAUUCGUCAAGAUCUCAUUCAAUAUUUACCAUCAAUAUUGAAAUCAUGGAGGCAGGUAAUGAGAGUGGUGAGCAUAUCAGAGCAGGGAAGCUUAACCUAGUGGACUUGGCAGGAAGUGAAAGGCAGGCAAAAACUGGUGCUACUGGUGACCGACUCAAAGAAGCCACAAAAAUUAAUCUGUCACUUUCUGCCUUGGGAAAUGUUAUAUCGGCACUAGUUGAUGGAAAGUCAAGUCACAUCCCUUACCGUGAUUCCAAGUUAACCAGACUGCUUCAGGUAUAUACAUGUAAAAGUCAUUGUAUAGGUGUUAAAAAUUUGCUAAUUUAUUUAAUUUACCAAGCUGGCAGCAUUUCAGUUGAAGUGUAUAAGAGGAGCACCAGACUAAGGUGGAUGCCUAAGCAGGGGUGGACUUGAAAAGCACUCUAGCAACAAAACCUGACACCUUUCUGGUUUCUUUGGUCGCAGUUAUGUCAAUCUUUUCCUUGGUAGUUAAUGAAUGUGUGUUUGGAAUGCGCAAGGUGAAAGAGAAAACAAUAAUAUGGCUAAUUCUAUGAAUGCUCUUAACCUUGGUAAUCAAACUUGAAUAUUCUACUCUCAGAUUUUAGUCUUGUAGCUUUUGAUUGUACUGCACAGUGUCCAUCAGCAAUAAAUGCUCAGUAUUGUCACGGGAAUUAGUCAUGUGACAACAAAUAAUAAAUUAAAAGUUGCAGAAAAUUGCAGGAAGCAACCCCUCAUCUCUGAUCUCUCAUCUCUUAUUGCUGAUGAAAACUGUAUGAUACAGUCAACAGCUACAAGGCAAAAAUCUUAGACUUUGAGACUAGAAUUAAUUUUUUCAAUGAUAUGGCUGUCCUCUAGCAGAGCAUCCAAUGGCCCCAGGUGACUUACUUAAUUCAGCCUUUGCUGAGGUGACUACGAAAUCUAAGUUUUUGCAAUGACUGCAAAACCUUAGAUAUUUUAUUAUAAUACUGAGCACCCUUGCAAUGGUUGAUAUCACGAUUAACUUUUAAGUUGAGUAGAUCAAGGCAUGGCUAUGUGAGCAUGUUGUUUCCCAAGACAAGAAACCCUCCUUAACCUGUUUACAGUGGGUGGGAAUUAACUUCAGAGUGCACUGUAAUCUCUAACGGUGUGGGUAGCCUGUGCAUUACCUACUUACUAUGUACCUAUUGAUAAUUUUUUUGUAGGAUUCCUUGGGUGGCAACACCAAGACACUGAUGGUUGCAUGUCUGAGUCCAGCAGACAACAACUAUGACGAGACGCUGAGUACACUGCGGUAUGCAAAUCGUGCGAAAAACAUUAAGAACAAACCUAAGAUUAAUGAAGAUCCAAAAGAUGCACUGUUGAGGCAGUAUCAAGAGGAGAUUCAGAAAUUAAAAGCUAUGCUGAUGGGGCAGAUGGAAGUUCCAGCUGAUUUAACGACAUCAGGUAUAAAAAUCACCUGUAUUGUAUGUAAUUUUCUUAUGAUAUGUAGUGUAAUUUGUGUACCUAUGACUGCAUACUGGAGCUUUGAAGAACUAUUUUGAAUGUGGAAUUUGAAUUUGAAUUUGAAUUUGGAAGUUUUUAUACUUUUUGAGAGGAGGGGAAAACAGGACUCAAUAACCAACUCACACAAGUAUGACAUUGGACAUUGAUGGUGGCAAUUGAACCUAGGCCACCUUGGUGGGAAGCAAUGCUUCUAAUCACGGUGCCAGUGGUUCGUGCUCCCCUGGUUCGGAACAACAACGAGUACAAGUUACUAUUGUUGAACUUUACAAGUAAUUUUUAACUGAAAUUUUGCCCCUUGCACAUUGCACUGCCUUCAUUUUGAUUUGAAAUUAACAACUACCUUCUGGAAAGGAAAUGGAAAAUAUGUCGGGCUAGCUGCCAGGGGCAACCAACGGCAAUUUUCGGGAAAAUAUCUGUUCGGAAGACGAUUUGAGAACUAGAAUUUUCGGAACAUUUUUUGUUGUAAAAUUUCUUGCUUGCCUGCCUCUCCUAGGAUUUUCGAACAUCUACAAAAUGGUAUAAUUACCCAUUUUAAACGGAUAUUUACCCUAAAAAAGGCCACCUAGAAAUUUCGGGAGCCUUUUCCUGGCUAAAAUUUUCGAAAAGGUAAGUUUUGAUCCCUAUAAUUUUCGGAUCACUAGACUUUCAGCUAGGAAAUCCGAACAGAUGAAAAGUUUUUAGGGGAUUAAAAAAUGCCUAUAUCUACCGUUUAAAUACUAAAAUACGUUCAACAAUGCUAUGUUAAGUGGUUUUGAACUAUAUCCUCGUUGGGUGCCCCUGAGCUGCGGCUGCAGUGCUUAGUAUGUAGAACUUGAUAGCUUAUCGCGUCCUUGUCACCACAGGAGGCCCAGCUGCUGUCAUAGUUCAGUCUAAACCAGCACAUAUUCAGGCAACCCACUCUCAGGAUCACUCCACAGUUGUUGCCAUGGAAACUGAUAAGCUAAGGAAGGAGUAUGAAUCAAAGCUGGCAGAAAUGAAAGAGUCUUAUGAAGCAGAACUGAUGUCAAAACAAAAACUGCAAGAAGAGAUGGAACGGUUGAAGAAUGACUAUAACAAGAAAGUUCAUAAUGUUGAGGAGCAGUAUGCUGGUGGUGGCAGUGGCGGUGACUCAGUGGGAGUGGGGAUGGGGGCAGUGCCUGCAGACAGCGCGAUCAGCAUGAUUGCCUUGGCUAAUGAUGCGGUAAGUUUGAAAAAGGUCAUCCAAAACACAUUUAUAGCUUUACUGCAUUAGCAGUAAUUGGCGACAAAACUAUCUCGUUAUUUUAAGUUACACUUUCUAUCUCUGUAAACGAAAAACGAUGCAUGUGCCGAAUGCCUUAUUUCUGUCAAUUCUUGCGAGCAAAGUGGACGAGUGUUUGUUUGGUUCACUUGAAGCCAUUUCCAGUCUCUAAGUUCACAUACGAUCCAACCUUUCUUUAAAUACCUAAACUGUUCCAGGCUCUCAGAUAGUGGGGAAGACGCGGACUCGACUAUCUCGGAACCUGCGUUCGUAUGACAGACGAUAUCUUGCGAGCAAGACGAGCACAAGGCUGUCUUGUUUUGGGUUUUCGGUAACAAAAAUUUGCCUUUCUAUUUUUCUUUGCGUUGAUUUUUUUCCAUUUCAUUUCAGCAGGAUCAGAAGACAUCGCAUCUUUCUGGUUCAAACGCGUCGCUUAACGCGAUCACAGGGCCGUUACAAGCGUUGCAAGAUUCAGGCCAAGAACAGAGUGUGUUACAGACAGUACAGGAUAAAGCAAAGAAAGGUGUACAGGACAUAAAGAACCUCGUGCCUGGCUUAGAAGAUCUGCGUUUCUUAAGUCAAGGUCUUCCCACUGACGCUUUGGUGAAACGUCUGCAAGAACUGCAGGAAAAUUUUGUGGGUGGAGAGAAAAAAAAUGAUCAGAAAUUGAAAGAAAAGAGGAAAGCGAAGAAAAACUAUGCUUUGACGCAAAGAGAGAAGCUAGCGAAGGCAGCAAGGAAAAUGGAAGACGAUGGAAUUAUGGUCAAGGUUUAUGACAAUUUACAAGACGAAAUCAAGGUGAAGAGUAAGAAGAUUGAUCAGAUGGAAGGACAGUUGAAAUCUGCGCAAUCUGAGAUUGAUGACCUUCAAAUUGAAUUUGAGCGCGAUCGGGAAGAUUACUUGGAAACAAUUCGUAAGCAAGAGCAAAUGAUCAAACUUCAGCAGCAGAUCAUGGAUAAGAUUCAGCCGUGCAUUCGGCGGGACUGUAAUUAUUAUAACAUUGACAAGAUUCGUUCAGAGAGCAGCUGGGACGAAGACUCCGGCAAAUGGAACAUCCCGGAGUUAGUUAUUACAAAAACAACACUUCCUACCCCUGGGAUUAUGCCGGGUGCAAACUCCCGGGGACCCAAAUCACCCGGUAUCAACAGACCCCAGAUUAACAACCAGGGACAGGCCAUCAAUGGGCACUUAGGUGGGUACCCUGAGGAGCCAACUGAGGAUCGCUUCCUUCAACAUUUGUCCAGAAGCUCGAAUGAAGAUUACGUGUCGAGCUAUUUUAAGCCGAAACGAGCGGAUAGGCUGUUGGCUGAGAACACAAGAAUAGACAGAUAUGAUAGACGAGAGUCUUCAUCUCCCUCAGGAGGAUCACGCGCUUCGCUUGGCUUCCCUUCCAACGGGGCUUCGACUGGGGGACUUAACAAUAAUGGACCUGCCCCUGGGAAUGUGGGAAGUAUGGGGAAUUCGGCCGGCAUGCCUCCUAUGGGAAGACCAGUUAGGCUGGAAUCCCUUCAAAUGCCGGGAGAAAAAGAGAAGAAGAGAAAGAAGCAUAAAAAUUUAGAGGAUAAAAGAAAAGAUGAGUGGUAAUCAGAAAUCCCCAAAUAUUCUUUUCUUCCGUAGUCAAGUUAGGAAAGAUCUAAAGUUAUUUUGUACGUACAAAAAGUGUAGAGUCAUAUUACCACUUUAAUGGAAGCUGUUACUGUGCUUUCUCGUGGUAAAUUUAUCGAUUCAUUUCUCUGAAAAUGGGCAAAUCUCUUGGGCUUAUAAUUAACUAAUUAUGAUACGUUUGGUAGUUAUUUUAAGACUUGGCUGCUUAGUUAGAAUUUACACGUAGUGUAUACGAAGAACUAGUCCUUCAGACUGGUUCACCCUUUCCUCAUGAGAAGAAGCCCAAUGCUGUAACCAGCCUUUUUAAAGAGUUGUGUUAGAAAUUGCUAAAUAGUCAAGGGAGGCUUACAAACUAUACCGUUACGAAACCUCACAGCCCUCCUCGCGGAGAGUAAGGCUCUAACGGACUAACUCGAAAUAGUUUUUACAUCUCUUCCCGGGACUAAUGUACCGUAUAUGUUGUGGUUCUAUUUUGUCCAUAGCCUGAUCGUCAGGCUUUUCUAUAGAGAAGGGGAGGAGAGAACGAUACCGGAAGAAAGAUUCCUCCCUCUUCCUCUCUUAAAAUUCUCCUCUUACUAAUCCCUAAGGAGGGCCCGAUACUCAGGCUAUUUUAUCCUUGGUGUAUUCUUUCCUUUGUAUUUAUUUAUGAUAAUGUUUGAUAAUGAGUGAAUUGAUACGUGAGAUGAAUUUUAAAUACUACAGUAAAUUUGCACCUAUACAAUUAACGAUUGAAAGAUAGAACCACAACCUUCAUAAUGUAUGAAAUGUAUAUAUGUGAAAAUACAAAGGUAUGAAAUUCUGGUGGUGCUACGCGCGAUGUGGCUUGCACGUUUGUGUAGUUUAUUUUUUUUGUCAAUAGGUAAUAACAGUUUUAGUUAUUGGAGAAAAACAACUGUUCUAGUUAGUUAAUGUAGAUAGAGGAGCUCCAUGUAGUUUAUUUGUGAGUGUACGCAAGUAACAACUGUUUACAUAAAAGAUAAGGGGGUGUUGUUGCUUUUUCUCGUCUCCACUUUUCUUACUCGUGAUCUGUGCCAACGGCCGUCCUCGGAUGUGGAAUCUUUCCAGAGCAUUGCUUAGUAGGAUUUGCUUUUACUCUCGCGCGAUAUCUGUGAAGGUCCAGAAAAAUGUGCUCGGAACAUUGGUAUUUUCAAGGAUGUGAGAAAAUGUCUGUAAAUUUUCUUUGUACACUGCUGCUCCUGUAUUCUUAAGAGUUUUUCGAAUUCCCACCUCGUUCGCGAAAAAUAACUUUGGAAACGAAGACAUCAUUCUAGUUGCUAGUUUGAAUUUGUUGAAGCGUGCAUUCUUUUUCACCGGCAAGUGAACUGCCUGUUUAGACCGCGAGCAGUCGUAAAGGCGGCUCGCCUUCUCGUAAGUUAGUUUCGCGCACUGUAUUGUUUCAAGAGACUGCUUGUGGUCUAAAGCCUACUUGACCAGAUUUCGCCUUUCAGCCGACGCAAACGAUAUCUGAGGACGGGUUUUUAUACUGUGUACUUGUUUUCAGCCGUUACCAUUUGCUGUUCUGAAAAUGUAUGAGUAUAAAUGAUGAAGUUUCUGUUCAUGUCGAGUUUAAAUACAUCGAUUUUCAGCAGUGAAGCGUACUUCAAGCACAUAGUGAAAGCUCAAAAACGCAAGAGAAAAAGAGGAGUGAUAUUACAAACAGGGUGUUUUUAAUCUUGCGGUUGUACAGACAAAUAUGAUCAAGAGUUGUAACUUCUCUAUUUUAAAUGUAUAUUUAUAAUUUAUGUCGUAUUUAAUUCCCAUACGUGGGGCGAAAAAGAACAGAUAUAGUAAAAAGUUUCUGUAGGUGUUCUUCUUGCCUAGUGUAAAAUGCACGUAGCGUUGUAGCUUGGGAGUUGCCAAAUAAACUGUACAUGUAUGUCAU